ACGGGCCCGAUCCCGCCGGAAGAGCCGAGACAAUGGGGACCCGGGACGACGAAUACGACUACCUGUUCAAAGUUGUGCUGAUUGGUGACUCUGGGGUAGGGAAGAGCAAUCUCCUUUCACGAUUCACUCGAAACGAAUUCAAUUUGGAGAGUAAGAGUACCAUUGGUGUGGAAUUUGCUACCAGGAGCAUCCAAGUGGAUGGGAAGACUAUAAAAGCCCAGAUCUGGGACACAGCUGGUCAGGAGCGGUACCGGGCGAUCACGUCAGCGUACUACCGAGGGGCUGUGGGAGCCUUAUUGGUCUAUGACAUUGCCAAGCACCUGACAUAUGAGAAUGUGGAACGUUGGCUAAAAGAACUCCGUGACCAUGCUGACAACAACAUCGUGAUCAUGUUGGUGGGGAACAAAAGUGACCUGCGUCACCUCCGGGCUGUACCCACUGAUGAGGCUCGGGCAUUUGCAGAGAAAAACAAUUUAUCUUUUAUUGAGACGUCAGCCUUGGAUUCAACCAAUGUGGAAGAAGCCUUUAAGAAUAUUCUCACAGAGAUUUACCGCAUUGUAUCCCAGAAGCAAAUUGCUGACCGCUCUGCACAUGAUGAAUCUCCCGGCAACAAUGUGGUAGACAUCAGUGUCCCCCCCACCACCGAUGGACAGAAAUCCAACAAACUCCAGUGCUGCCAGAACCUGUGACCACCUGCGCCCAGAGGCGCCUUCCCUGCCUGCCCUUACCUUGCUUCAGUUAGAAACGUGUGUGCACGUCUUUGCAGUAUCUCCUGUGAUUCAGUGACUCUUUGUCAUCCUCGUUUCUUCCCCCAUCCCCACCGUCCAUUUUUGAGCAUUAACUGUAGGCCUAACCUCACUUUUCUCUCAGGCUCCCAGGGGAGUGGGCUGACCUUGGACCUGGUCGUGCUGGCUCUGCCCCCAGAGGGUGAGCCCUCGCUGCUCCCCUGGGCAGUUCCACUUGGUUGUCUAGUGAUUGGUGGGAGGAGGAGGAAGCAAGACCUCAUUUAUGACAGCUGAAGGAAGAUAAUAUCUACACUGAUUUGCUUUCGCAUUUAGCCCAACUUUUUCAUAGACCCAUAGACCUCUUGGGAAGAUGGGGAGCAGGGAAGGAAAGAGGAUGUGCUGAAAUUAAAGAGGGAAAAAAUCUUUUCCUCAGAUGUCCUUUUGUGUCCAAUUGAAAUCCUUUGAUGAGCCCCAGGGUUCUCUUUGGUGGCUGAAGACCUAUGGUGAGGCUGCUGAUGAUACGCUCCCCAGAGUUUCCUCCCUCUCUUGUGGCUAGCCUCUGGGCCUUGUUCAAGGGAGAGCUGUUGCUGGGUACCCUUUUUCCCAGGAAAGAGACUCAGGAGCUCUGGGGCAGGCUGAAAUGUUGGAAUGAUUUGUCAGCCACCAGAGAAAAUCCUGUUCCUCUACCUGAGUGUCCAGCAAGUGCCGGUUCUUCCUUUGUGGCCUCUCCCUCCUGUCCCAGAACCCUGGCCAGUGUUAGCCUGUGCAGGCCCUUGUUAAACUCCUUUCUGCCCCCAGCUCCCUCUCUGACUCGCCAUCUUGCCUGAAACCCAUUUGCAAGGGAAGCAAUAUUCUCAUGUUUUGUAUAUAACUGCACUUAGAGUUUUCGGGUUUUGUUAUUGUAGAAAAACAUAGAUUCUUUAUACAUUUUGUAAGAUUUAUGCCAAAUCAUAGCUUCUUGACCCUUUCCUCCACCCAUUAUUCUUUAACAAUUAACUCUCAUGGCUAUCAUUUUUCUUCACCUUUACUAAAGAAUGAUUCUACUUCCUGUAUGCAGACCGUGUUCUUUGCCCUUGUCUCAUUUCCUCAGUGCCAGGAUGCUAUUUGCAACAGUUAAACUUUUCCUGAUGCCCACUAGCCUCAGCAGCAAUCUUGACUACUACUCAUCCCUGUCUGAUAUGACAAGAGAAAUUUGAUCAUGUUCCUGCUUUCUAGAGAGUCAGGCCAAAAAGUCACAGUCCAGCCAGGCACCAAGCUUGCCCCAACUAUAUAUGGGCUUAUUUACAUGGCACCCUGAGAUCAGCCAGAGGAAGAGGGGCCACAUGUUCAUGCUGAAGUGGGGCACCCCCACCCCUUUGCAUGUUAGGACCUUGGUUGGCUUUUUCUAUGGUGCAACUUGUACAUCCUGAAUGAGUGAUAGGCAAUGAGAAGAGCCAACAUUCCAGGCAUUGUUUGAAAGCCAGCUUUUAGAGUAAAGUGGAGGCGUUUCUCUUCUAAUUGUAUAUGUAAAAUUUAAGACAUCUUCCCAAGGUUAGUUGAUAACCCGUUGAAGUUGCUUUGGGGUCUUGGCAAAGUGAGAACUAGUUGUUCAUUUAACUUUCAAGGUGUGUCUUGUGUGGUUUCAGGAAAGUGUCUAGGGUCCUGGCCUUGUUUCUCUCCUAUUUGGGAGGAUUUCAUUGAUGGUCUUCCAGGCUGAUGUGGGGCUUGAAUUCCAGUCAGCUCCCAGCUUCAGAACAUAAGUUGCCACGUGACUUAGAGAGGAAGACUCUUCCUUUCCUGGAGGGCAAGGUCUCGGUGGUCCCAGGAAUGGCGGCAAAGUUGUUGCUUUCCUGGGAUAGAAUGGAUGAGGGGCCAUCUGCGUUUUGGAGUCUGUUCUGCAGUGAAUGUAUGCUUUCACUAGCCUUAAAGGUAAAGCAGAGCCUUUAUCUCUGCCCUGUUGGCUAAGCUGUAUUGGCUUAAAAAUAGGCACUACACCUGCCCUUUAGUGUAGUUUCUUUUCCUCAUCAUCUCUGGGCUGCUUUUAAUGUACUGAUCUUGUAAAUUUACAGGAAGUCUGCUGUUCAUUUAGGAAAGCAAGUGAUCUUUGGGCAGAGAAGUUGAAGGAAGAGCCACACUGAAGUCAUUCAGCCUCUUAUUGGACUCUGAUGUCAGCUGAGCACUCACAAACCACCCCUCCUUUGAGGAGGAGUCAGGCUCUGAAAUGCUGUUUCUUUCCAAGGAAAUGCCCUGCUCCACACCUGCAUGAACAUUCAAGCCAGGCCUGUAUUUAGAACUCCCAAGCCUUGUUCAAAGUCCUUUGACUAGUUUCUCAGCUCUGUAGCAGGAAAUCGUUGUAGCUUUCAAGAGUUUAAUGGGGUCUUUUCCUUCUGGCCUAAGGCCUGUGCAGAGACUUGUUAGUAUGGUUUGGUGAAAUUUUUAGCUUGGUGAAAUUCCAGGGCCUCCAAGGCUCUGCUGUAGGAAUACCCUAUAAUACUUUCAAGAAACCUGGCUAAUUGAAACUAGAGCUGUUCAACUCAGUGCUUCAGCUUGCCUUUCUGACUAUGUAGAAAUGGGCUUAUGGUUAUGGCAGGGAUAGAGUUCUGGGAGGAAUACAGGAGCAUUCAUUAUUCAGGAUUCAGGCCUUCCAAGACACCACCAAGUUCAGGACAGGCUACUGAAUAGCCCAAAGACCAUCCCUUCUCUUUUAGACCAGGGCCACUAUCGCUGGAAAGGAAGAUGGAAUCUUUUUGGUUGUGACUUCCUUUGACCAAAUUAUUCAGGUUUCACCAGCUCAGAGACCUUCCUAGUACAGCCACUCUCCAGGGCAGUGUGAAUUGACUCUUAAGCCACCCUGUCCUGGGCAGCUGUCUUCCAGGGCCUUUUGCUAUCGCUAUCUGGUUUCUUGCCUGAGGGUGAAGAUUAAGGCCUUUUAUUUUUUUGGCCUCUUCUUUCAUUAUCCCUUUGGAUGAUCCAAGUUAGGAACAGGGUCCCAGCUAGUCUUGGCCAUGAGACAAGCAGGCCUGGGCCCACCUGGUGCCUUCUGCUUAAGGGUUGGGGUUGGCUUUUUCCCACCUCUUCCUUGGCAUUAUUGGUUCCCACUUCCACAUUGGUAGCAAACUGCAGUCUGCUACCUGCUGACUUUGGCAGCUAACUUGCAUCUAGGUGUUUGUGAAAGUUGUUAUCUGGAAGAAGAGACUUCUGACCUGUGUGGCAUAAGAGAGAAAGUAUGAGUCAUGUGGCUUGAGACAUGCCCCUGAGUUCUGAGGGGUUCCGUAUCCUAGCUCAUAGGCUGUCCUGGAAGAUGCUUUUCUUUGGAAUGACAGGCUGGAAAGCCAUCAAGGGACCUAAGCCACUUAUGAGCAGCUAAGGGGAAGUAUGCCUGGGUGUAGACUGACCAGAAUUUCCUACUCCCCCAUAACACACACUCAGUGGGUUACUGGUAGAGUGACUAAGCUAGCUGUAGGGAGUCUUCUGACGCAGUCCAAAUUUCUGGGUAUGAUUAGGUUGGUCAAUAGUGGACAUUGCUGAGUAAUUGCUACACCACAAAUGGGCUUAGUCUGCAUGGGAAACCCAGGGCUAGAGCAGACAGCUCUGUUCAUUCAUCUAUCUGUUUCUUCUGCUCCACAGCACUUGUAUUCAGUUCAGCUCAAACUUCUUUGUAAAUAGAGCCCUGCAUCCCUGGAUUUGUGCAUGGUUAUUCUGUGUUGUGGAUAUAAAGAUUGCCAUACCAAA